AUGUGUUGGCGAGAAGAGUGCACAGAUCAAAUUCUAGAGGAGCUGGGAAUUACUGGUGGGGUACCCGAAGUCUAUGAAGAUGUCCUUCAUGGCAAGCAAUACCUGGAUGCUUGCCUCUCCGGUCAGAUCAAGGAAGGCGACGCUGUCCUGAUGCUUUCCAUUGAUGGUGCCCAGCUAUAUGAAUCCAAACAAUCAGAUUGUUGGAUC